AUGCUCGAUAAGGUAUUCAUCGGGGUAUCCUCAUCAGAACAGGUCACUGGGCAUACGGGAGUUAAACAUAGCUGUGUUCUUGUUCCCGUGCUCUUUAAUAUCUAUCUGGUUGCUGUGACUCUUAUCUCGGUUACAUAUGGAACCCAACGACGGCGCCCACGCGGAGGCCAAAAGAAUCGAUUUCGAGAAUACCUUAAGCUUACUCUUGUCUCCUGCAAUAUUGACUCAUCACAACUGAAGAACCUCGCAAGGCAUCGAAUCGACUGGCGGACUCUCUGCCUCGCCGGAGUGGCGAACUUCGAGGAGGAGAGACGAGGAGUUGUCGAGGAGAGGCGACGCCAGCGUCAUCUGCAACCUGCCAAUUCCAUACAGGGCAUGUUUCCCUGUCACCUAUGCCCGGGAUCUUGUCGUUCGCGGAUCGGGCUGCUAUUUCUUUUGGCAGCCCACAGAAGACGGAUGGAGCUGGAAGGGUCGUAUGAAACUAGCCAUCGUUUCUCUCUCUCUCUCUCUUUCUUUCUCUCUUUCUCUCACUCUCUGCCAUAUUUUGCCCCUUUUAUUUGCAGUAGGCAUUCCUUUUAUCUUUUCAUCAAAUCUACUGGCUUAUUUCUGUUUUAUAUCAAUCUCUUUUUUCUUAUCUAUUUAAAUUACUCUUUGGCUCCAUCAGUGUCUUUCCGGUUCUCUUCAUAUGCAAUCAUCUAUUUAGCACACUUAUAA